AUGUUGGUAAGAAGACCUUCUACUUUUAAUACUUUCCAUUAUUUAAAAUUCAACUUUUAUGUUCGACAAAGCGUUCUCUUUUUCAGAUCUGAUAAUAUCAACUAUACAUAUUCUUAUUCAAUUAAUACAAUUAAUACAUCAACCGAACAAGCUAAACCAGAUUUAUCAAUGAACAACGCAACGAUCGAACGAGUUAAAUCAGAGUUUUCAAUGAACACCUCAUCGACCGAGCAAACAAAUUCAAAUUUGGCAAUCAAUCAAACAAAUUCAGAUUUGAUUAAAAGGAAAACGUCCGAAAUUAGAGUCCCUGAAACUUCACUUGAGGCAGAAGAAACAACUUUAAUUAAGGAAGAAGAAACUUAUAAAAAACCAAAAUUAGAAGAAAUUCAACAACAACAACCACCACCUAGUGGUAGGAAAAAAUAUACUACAGCUAAAGACAGACGAGAACAUAAAACUAAAAAUUUUAAAAAUAGACAUGGUAAUAGAUUAGAUGAAGAUAUUAAAAAAAAAUCACGAACCAAUGACGAAAAUAAUAAUAAUGACAAUAAGGAAAUUGAAUUGAAGAAUGAAAUUAAUGAAAAUGGUGAUGAUAAAGUUAACGACGAAAAGAAGGAACCAAGGAAACCGAAAAAGAAAGUAGCAGUUUUAUUAGGAUUUUGUGGUACGGGUUAUCAAGGAAUGCAAAUAAAUCGAAAUGCAAAGACUAUUGAAGAAGAACUCUUCAAAGCUUUUGUUGCUGCAGUUGAUAUUCCUGAUGUUGUUGAAAAAAUCAAUGAACAUCUUCCCGAACAAAUACGUGUAUGGGGUUUUGUUAAAACUAUUCGAUCAUUUCACGCGAAAACAUUAUGUGAUUCUCGUAUAUAUGAAUAUCUUAUUCCCACAUACGUAUUUGUUCCAUACGUACAAAGUUCAAUUAAUCAAACUGAGAAAAAUUUGAAAAAAGAAAUUAAUUUAUCCAAUAUUAAUCCAGAUAUUCAAAAAGAAAAUUUUAAUAAUUCAUUAGAAAAUUGUUCAGAUAUUCAACAAGAAAGUAAUAAAUCGUCAAAUAUUCGACGAAUAAUUGAAGUUCCUUUGACUACAUCCGAAGAAAUGAUUGAAAAACGAAAAUAUCGUAUUCCUUCAGAAACAUUGGAUUAUGUUCGACAAUGUUUUAAAGCAUAUGAGGGUACACAUAAUUUUCAUAAUUUUACAAUUGGGCGUAAUCCUAAAGAAAGAAGUUGUAAUAGAUUUAUUACGAGUUUUGAGGUUUGUGAACCAAAAAUUAUAAAUAAUUGUGAAUGGUUAAGUCUUAAAGUACAUGGACAAUCUUUUAUGUUGCAUCAAAUCCGAAAGAUGGUUGCACUGAUUGUUAUGAUGGUAAGGACGACAACUCCUGUCACGCUUAUCCCUAGAACUUUCGAUCCAAUAAAGAUCAAUAUACCAAAAGCUCCUGCACUGGGAUUAUUACUUGAACAGCCUGUGUUCAAAUCAUAUAAUAAAAAAUGUAUGGGUAAUGGAAAAGGCUUAAUAGAAUUUGAAAAACAUCAGAUACAGGAAGAAGAAUUUACAAACAAUACGUAA